GAUGUUUUAUUGGGUUCCCUCAAGUACAUGCCCAAGCUGCAAAACUUGCUGAUCCGCCAGGGAGUCUACUUCAACAACUCCUUCGUGCCGACCCCAAUGUGCUGCCCUUCCAGAAGCACAUUCCUCACCGGCAUGUAUGUACACAACCACAAUGUGUACACCAACAACGCCAACUGCUCGUCCCUGGACUGGCAGCGUCAGCACGAGACUCGCAACUUUGCUGCCUACAUCAACAAGACAUACACCACAGGGUAUUUUGGCAAGUACCUCAAUGAGUAUGAUGGCAGCCACACACCACCGGGUUGGCAUCGGUGGGUUGGCUUGAUCAAGAACUCUCGGUUUUACAACUACAGCGUGGUGGAUGAGCGAGGGGUCAAGACCAAACAUGGGGACAACUAUUAUGCAGAUUACCUGACCGACCUGGUAGCCAAUGAUAGCCUGGCUUUUCUUCAGGACAGCAAGAGGCGCUUCCCAACAAA